AUGGAGGGAAAUAGCGUUUUCUCUCCUCUUGAGAAGAGCACAGAAAUGCCCGACCCGGUUCCUCGAUUCGGAUCUUCAAAGAGAGUCAAGACGCAUCACGCACACCCACGACCGAAGCGCCACUGUCCUCGUGGACUCGUGAUUAAUCGGAUUCAGCAGUCAACGGAAUCAAGGAUCCGGGUCGACCCGGGUUUUCCUGGUUGCAACUACCGGGUCGUGAGGGUUAUCGCACCGGUGGGUUCGACGGCUAGGUUAAAAUUAGGAGAUUCGACUGGUACGGUCUCGUGUAAGCUGUUAAUGGAAGCUUGCCAUGUGGAUGCUGUGAAAGGUGAAAGUGGUGAAAUGUUGGAGAGGAUAAGGAAGGAAACUGGUUGCGAGGUUGAAAUACAGACAAAUCGAUUGCUGAUUUGUGCAGAUUCUGAUGAUGCAAUGGUUGAGAUCGAAGGGAAUGUUUUGGCAGUGAAGAGAGCUCUAGUAUCUGUAUCCAGUCGCUUGCAAGCUCGUCAGAUUUAUAAGACUUGGAUGGUCGGAAAUAAAUCCCUUGGUAGAGCUUUUGAGGAUAGGCACUUUAAUAAUAAUAUCCAGGAGGCUCUUCUAAGGCCUGUUGACAUUGAUUCUCAUGGAAAUUUACCUCGGUCUAGUGAUGGGAUCUCUCACAUUGCUAGGCAUAAGCAGAUUGAGGCUUUCCUCGGGGUGCUUUGCAGAGGUAUACUGAGGCGCCUCUCUCAGCAAUGGAAGAUGAUAAUCAAACAGUGGUCUUUAAGUUACUCUGUCUGGUCGAAAUUGUUGGUGGUGUUUAUUGAAAGUCUUACCGAUAUCAAGAAUCUUGAAAGUGUGAGAGGUGCCUCCAUAGAUGUGGGAGAUACACUUCCUGACUGUGAUGAAUGCUUGAUUACGUUUACAUCAUCAGAGAUACCUAAAGACAGAAUGCCCCCAGCCCAAGCAGCUAUUGGCCGUGUUUUCUCUAGAUUAUGUGAGAUUCAUACUAAAGUCAGUGGCUCAUGGUCUUAUAUCACUGCACGGCUCGUUGUCCCCACAAAUCAGAUGGGAUGUUUGCUAGUUUCUGAAACACUGAGAACAAUUGGGGCUUGUAUACUAGUAUUGCAGGUUGUGCAUAACCCAAAAUGUAUCUCAGCGAACGAUCAAGUUGUUCAGAUUUCAGGAGAUAUCACAAUUGUGAAAUUGGCGAUGUACCAUGUUACCAGCACGCUAGUAGGCAACUUUCUCCUCAAUUCAAGGAAAAAUUCUGGAACCAAAAACAUGACUAAGGAAAUUAGAGUUCCAGAGAGUGCUGUGCACUUUGUGUUUGGAGAGGAGCGUGGUCGACAGCGUCUAGAGGACCUUAGACAGAUAUCGUGUGCGACAGUCAUAGCCCAUGAGCCUCAGUUAGGAACAAGUGACAGGAUCAUUGCCAUAUCUGGGACUCCUCAUGAAAUCCAAAUAGCUCAAAAACUUGUUCAGGCCUUUAUCCAAAUAGGUGAAUCAACAUCAUUGAUUGGAGGACUCUGCUCCUAA